GGUAUUCUGUGGAGUGCCUGUUGUAUAAUGAUCAUGGGAUAGUGCUUAUUCUAGGUUGGGAUUGCACUCCUGAGUCAGGAGUACUGGGCACAGACUGGAAGAAAACAAAAACAGAAAUGCUGGAGGAAACAUGAGUGAAUCUGCAGAUGCUGGAAAUAAAUUCAGAACUCAGAACUCAGCAGGCCAGACAGCAUCUAUGGGAGGAGGUAGUGACGAUGUUUCGGGCCGAAACCCUUCAUCAGGAAUGCUGGAGGAAUUCAGCCAGUCGAACAGCAUCAGUGUAAGGAUAAAUCAGUCUCUCUUUUCCCAGACUGAGUUCUUUCAGCAUAUCUGUUUCCAGCAUUUGCAGUUUUAUUUGUUUUCCAUAAUCACAGAAGAGCAAAUUUUGAAAUUAAUAUACCCAUUCAAUAAAAUGUUAGCUAAGACUUACCACUUUGCUAAUCAUUGUGCAUUCUCCAAGAAAGUUUAUGUGAUAAAAAUCUGAUGUGGUUCCUACAAAAACAAAUGCCUCCUCUUUGAAGAGAAGAACAGAUAUAAUGAUUUAGAUUGAUAAGCUUCAUCAGAUGAAGUUUAUUAACUUGAACUGUGCUUUCUCCACAGAUGCUGCUUGUGUCAUUGAGUGUUAAUGAUUAACAGUUAUGUGUAUAUGCCUGCUUGAACCAAAUUAAGUUUGCAAGUCAUCAUUUGUGAUUUUCUGUUUCCUAUUGUUGCCUUUCCAGGAUUCUUAUACAUGAAAAACACGUACUGCCAAUUUGCAAUAUAAAAUAUCAGAUUUAUUUACUGGGCACAAAAAGUUAAAGUCACUCCCACCACACUGAAGCUUUAUUGUUGGAUGGGCACAAAGUAACUUAGCUGCCUUUAAGUCAUUACUACACAUCCAAGAAGGCAACAUUUUUUACAACAUAUUCCCAAUACUGAUACUAUAAUGUUAGCAAUACUAAGCAAUUACAAUUAGUUUCCAGCAUUUGCAGUUUUAUUUGUAAAAAAACUAAUACUGUUAAUCCAAAAGCAUCCCAGUACUGAAACACAUUGAAACAUCCCCACCUCUGACUCUCCCAAUGCUAACUCUGAAACAACCAUUACUAGCCCAAGACAAGCCAGAGUUUGCUCUGAAACAUACCUUUUAUUGAUCUUAGAACACCCUCAAAACGGACCCCUCAGACCUCAAUUAUGACCCCAAGUUGUGGAAGGCUCUAAGAUAUCCCCAAAUUCUGUCCCUGUCAAGUCGGAAUUCUGGUUCUUCUUUGAACAUGUGCAGCUUCCCCACUUGAAAGGGAUUGAAUACGCCUACCCGAAAGUUUUUAAACAGAUUCCACUCAAUGACCAAACAACUUUUCCUUUUUUUUUCUCCUUUUAUUUUUUGCAAGUGCAGCAGUUUGAUAGUUUGAUAGACAGUAGUCAUAAGUCAUAAGUAAUCAGUCAUAAGUCAAUCAUUAGUCUAGUGAAAAAGCUAGCUGCCUCUCGGACUUUGUAGACAAAUUCCAACCUGCACAGCCUCUGUUUCUCUAAAACAUUAUGGCCUCACCAGCAGUGUGAAGAAAGAGUUCUUUUGAUUAGAAACUUUUCAUUUCUGGCUAUUGAUUCUGCAAUAGCUUCUCUGCUCAGACCCAGAGUUAAAAUUGCAGCUGAGUCCUGAGGUCAUCAUAGUGGAAUCUUCCUGUUGGAAGAAGGAUGUUGUUAAUUUAUGUUCAAUAACUUUUUGACCGUAGAAGGGUUGUUGGUGGGUCUGUUCUGUGAGAGAUUUGAACUGCUUGCUUACCUAGUAUCUACUUGACUGUGAAUUUCAAAGUCAGCCCCCAUAAACAAUGGAGUCAAGUAUUAAGAUGGAAAGUCUGUCACUAAGAAGUCACACCAAUGAUGAAAAUAAAGGGAAAAUACAAUUUUUUAAAAUCCAGUUUAACGAAGCAUUGGAUUUUUUGGGCACUAUAAAUGCCGGGAACUGAACAAACAAAAAGCUCUGAUAGAGGAACUCAGCAAGUCAGCCAGCACCUGUGGAGUUAAAGGUAUUCUGGAUCAAGACUCUGUCUCAGGACUGAGAGUGUGAAGGGGAUUUGGAGUUAAAGGUAUGGUUGAUAUUCUGGAUCAGACUCUGCCUCAGAACGAAGAGUGUGAAGGGGAUUUGGAGUUAAAGGUAUGGUUGAUAUUCUGGAUCAGACUCUGCCUCAGAACUGAGAGUGUGAAGGGGAUUUGGAGUUAAAGGUAUGGUUGAUAUUCUGGAUCAGACUCUGCCUCAGAACUGAGAGUGUGAAGGGGAUUUGGAGUUAAAGGUAUGGUUGAUAUUCUGGAUCAGACUCUGCCUCAGAACUGAGAGUGUGAAGGGGAUAUGGAGUUAAAGGUAUGGUUGAUAUUCUGGAUCAGACUCUGCCUCAGAACGAAGAGUGUGAAGGGGAUAUGGCUCGUAUGAAAGGUGCAGCAGGAUUGGGGUUUUCUUUCAUUAAAGUUGUUAAUAUUCAUAAAGGAUUGGUGAACUACUGUUUCCUGUAUUAGACAGAGCUGCUUCCUGCUUUUUUUGUCAGAGAUGAUCUGAAUGAGCAUAUGGCAAAGCACAAGGAGACAAGGUUAUUUCUCUGCCAGCUUUGCGGACAAACAUUCAAAUGUGGGCGACAGAAGAAUAAACACUAUAGACAAGUCCAUCAGAAGACUCAGGAGAAAAGGAGAGUGAAUAAAAAUAGUUCAUUGAGUAGAAGACACAAAGAAAAAGAGUCUCGAAUCCAACAGAAGAAAGUAAGCAAGGAAUUUGCUUGCAACAUCUGUACCAGGAAAUGUUCCUCUAAGCUGGCUCUCCAGAGACACAUGGGAACACACACGGGCAUCAAACCAUUUCAUUGUCAGCACUGUGACUAUAAAACCAGACUAAAAGCAUCUUUGAUCCAGCACAUGCGAAUCCAUACAGGUGAGAAACCCUUCAAGUGUACCAUCUGCCAGUAUGCCUCCAUUGAUGCCAGUUCUCUGAGACGGCAUUCCCGUACACAUUCCACUGAAAAGCCUUAUAAAUGCCAGUUGUGUUCAUACAGUUGCAUUCAGAAGAAGAGCCUGGAUCUCCAUGUACGCAGACAUCACACGGGCGAGAGAUUUAGGUGUCAUUUCUGUGACUACUCCUCUCCUGACAAGCAACUUCUGCAAAAACAUCUAAAGAAACACCAGAAAGGGGUGGAAGAAUCAGUAAGGAGCAUACAGACAGAACUACAGUGAAGUCAUUCACAGUAUAGCGUUUAGUGGCUUCUGUUGUCAUCCUGGAUACUGCCAAACUACAAGACUCUAUGAGAUCUUGCAACUGCAGGCUGGGGAGAUAUUUUGAAGGAGGUUAGUGAGGCAGUAGCUAUUAUCUCCACUGUGGAGAAGCUGCCAGUAUUUGCUAGCCUUGCUGAUAGCUGGGAAUACCUUCCAAAAUUGCAAACAUUCUGGUAUGUCUGAGUUGGAGUGUGCCAGUGAACUGCAAGUAAAUUAACUGUGCAAAACCUUGUAUGUACAGACAAUUGUAGCUUUGUGUGUUAACUGGUUAGAAUUUGCACAAUUGAGUAAGCUCAAUCCCAGCAUUAGCCGUGAUUAUUAUUCAAGAGACUGUGAAGUGGAUUAUAAUAACUUAAUAAGAACGGCACGACAAUUUAGAAAAAUUAAGAGUAUUUACAAAAGAGUUAAUUAAUUUGGUGAAAUUAACACCAAUCUGCUACCCCAGCCUCUAGUAAAUAGUUCUAUAAUUAGAAUCCCUGAAACCAAAAGCAAAGCUGGAGAGAAGUGAAUAUGCUUUUAGCUGUACCUUUGGGCCAUGUUUAUUCUCAGCACAGUGUGAUGGUCCAACUGUUGGUCCAAGUUUCCAUGAUGACAUCAUUGAGAGCGCUGAAGUGUUUCCAUCAGCAUCCAGCUCAUAGCUGACUAACAAUUGUCUGCUUGCAGUACAAAAAGUAAUUGUUUCAGAUUCGGGUAAUUUCACUGUAAUCUGAAGUGCAACGAAGCUCUUUAUUAAAGAUAAAUUAGUCCUUUCAUUUAAACCAACUUGCAACAGUAGACAUUGCUUUAAUAUACAGUAAAUGAACUUUUCCUGAAAUAAAAUAACAUAGAAAUUAUAUUUUAUCUGUAUUUAUGGAGGAAUACUUACCAUGAUGUACUCUGUUGAGUGUUGGAACUGAUUCAGCGAUAAUGCAUAUCAAAACAAGAUGACGUUGCCCCAGACACUAGAUCAUAUACUCUACAUUGAUACUGUGAUGUAGCACCUUUAGAGGUUCCAUCUUUCAAGCAAGUAAUGGAAUUAUAACCAUUUGGCCUGACUAGUGAAUAUAUUUUUUUUUUAAUCCUGCCCUCCCAGUCAAAGAAAAGCAACUAGAUCAGUCAUUUGGAACAUUGUGGUCUUCUGGACUCUACUGAAUUCUCGAACUUUAGUUAAGUCACUUUCUGUCUGUAUUAGAACGAGCCAGUUCUGCCUCUGUUACUUUGGCUCAUUUAUUCUCUCUCUAACAGUACGGUGUAACCUGCCAGGUAUAUCAAGGCCCUGCUGUUAGUAGCACAUAACACAGUUAAGGAUGUAUAAUCACCUCUAACUGCUCCCAUGAACCUAUAUAACCUGGCCUCACCUUAUUAUGUACAUUCCCUUUGUCCUACCCAUUUAUCCUGCAACUUAAAAUUGCUUUGAGCUGUCUUUCCCAAUUCUGAAAACGGGUUUCAGAGCUGAAAAGUUAACACUGUUUCUCUUUCUGCAAAGGCUACCUGACCUGCUGAGUGUGUCCUAUCUUUUUUAUUUUGAAGUAUAUUAACUCACUAACCAAUAUUUAUCCUUCAACCAGGGACUGAGUUACUGAUUACAUGGCCACUGUUAUGACUGCUGUGCGCACACUUGUCGCUGUAUUUGUCUAAGUGAGUACAUUUUAAAUGUAAUUCAUUGGCGUGGAAAUGUUUUCCACGACCUAAUGUUACAGGAGCCUUGAGUAAGUGAGAAUUCUUCCUUCCUAUCCAUUGAUUUAACAAAAGAUAAAUAUGUUAAACAGCCUUUUUAAACAGCAACCUGCAAGAAAAAUGCAUAAAGAUGUAACUAUUCAAUUGAUUAACAUGAGUUAACUGAGAGAGAUAGUCAUUCACUAAUAUGAGAGAGCUUCAAACUCUCAAAGCUGUAGUAAGAGGUUCCCACCUGCUUCAAGAGGGUGACAAACAUACCAGUGUCCAGGAAGAGCAGGGUGAGCUGCCUCAAUCACUAUUGUCCAGUUGCACUCACAUCUACUGUGAUUAAGUGCUUUAAGAGGUUGGUCAUGGCCAGAAUCCCACAAUCUUGACUGAAAAGUUACAGAACCUGGACCUCUGUACCUCCCUCUGCAAUUGGAUCCUCAACUUCCUAACUGGAAGACCACAAUCUAUGCAGAUUGGUGAUAACAUAUCCUCCUCGCUGAUGAUCAACAGCGGUACACCUCAGGGAUGUGUGCUUAGCCCACUGCUCUACUCUCUCUAUACACAUGAUUGUGUGGUUAGGCAUAGCUUAAAUACCAUCUAUAAACUUGAUGAUGAUACAACCAUUGUUUGUAGAAUCUCAGAUGGAGGCAGUAGGGCGUACAGGAGUGACAUUUGCCAACUAGUGGAGUGGUGUCAUAGCAACAACCUUGCACUCAAUGUCAGUAAGAAUAAAGAGCUGAUUGUGGACUUGAAAGGUAAGAUGAAGGAACACAUACCAAUCCUCAUUGAGGGAUCAGAAGUGGAGAGGGUGAGCAGUUUCAAGUUCCUGGGUGUCAAGAUCUCCAAGGACCUAACCUAGUCUCAACAUAUUGAUGCAGUUAUAAAGAAGGUAAGACAGUGACUAUACUCAUUAGGAGUUUGAAAAGAUUUGGUAUAUCAACAAAAACACUCAAAAACUUCUAGAGGUGUACUGUGGAGAGCAUUCUGACAGGCUAUGGACCCCCAGCCCUUUUCUCACUGUUACCAUCGGGUAGGAGGUACAGAAACCUGAAGACGCACACUCAGCGAUUCAGGAACAGCUUCUUCCCCUCUGCCAUCCGAUUCCUAAAUGGACAUUGAACCCUUGAACACCACCUCACUUUUUCACAAUUUUUAUUCAUUAUAUAUAUACUGUAAUUGAUUUACUUAUUUUUUUAUUUUUAUUAUUUUUCUUCUACUAUAUUAUGUAUUGCAUUGAACUUCUGCUCCUAUGUUAAUAAAUUUAACAACACAUACGGUGAUAAUAAACCUGAUUCUCAUUCUGAAUCAACUCCUGCCUAAGCCAGGACCUGGACCUGCUGCAUUUUGUCUAUCGCCACAGUAGUUCUACAGUGGAUAAAUUUCAGUGGCUCUCCAUUCAGCCUUGGAUCACCUGGACAUUAGCAAACCUAUGACAGGGUGCUGUUUUUAUUGAUUACAGCUUAGCAUUCAACACAAUCAUACCCUCAGUUCUAAUCAACAUGCUCCAAAUCUUGGGGCUUUGUACCUCCCUCUGCAACUGGAUCCUUGACUUCCUCACCAGAAGGUCAGUCAGUGCAGAUUGGAAAUAACAUUUCCUCACUGACAAUCAACACUGGCGCACCUCAAGGACGUGGGCUUAGCCCACUGCUCCACUCUCUCUACACCUAUGACUGUGUGGCUAGGCACAGCUUAAAUGCCAUCUAUAAAUUUGCUGAUGAUACAGCUAUUGUUAACCACAUUUCAGAUGAUGCCAAGGCGUACAGGAGCUGGUUGAGUGGUGUUACAAGAGCAACCAUGCACACAAUGUCAGUAAGACCAAUGAAUUGAUUGUGGACUUCAGGAAGGGGAAGAUUAGAAAUGGAAAGGGUGAGCAGUUUCAAGUUACUGGGUGUCAACAUCUCCAACAAUAUAGCCAGAAUCCAACAUACUGAUGCAAUUACGAAGAAACACAACAGCAGCUGUAUUUCAUGUAUGAGAAAUUCUCAUCUCACUGCUACCAUCAAGGAAGAGGUACAGGGGCCUAACAGCACACUCAACAUUUCAGGGACAGCUUCCUUCCCUCCGCCAUCAGAUUUCUGAAUGGACAAUAUACCCAUGAAUUUUUUGCUCUUUUUGCACUACUUACUUAAUCAAAUGUUUAUAUAUAAUUUUCUCACUGUAAUUUUUAGCUUUUAUAAGUUAUUACAAAUUGCAAUGUACUGCUGCUG